AUGGCGACUCCCGGCCCUGUGAUUCAGGAGGUCCCCUUUGAACCAUCGAAGCCUCCAGUCAUUGAGGGGCUUAGCCCCACUGUUUACAGGAAUCCAGAGAGUUUCAAGGAAAAGUUCGUUCGCAAGACCCGCGAGAACCCGGUGGUACCCAUAGGUUGCCUGGCCACGGCGGCCGCCCUCACCUACGGCCUCUACUCCUUCCACCGGGGCAACAGCCAGCGCUCUCAGCUCAUGAUGCGCACCCGGAUCGCCGCCCAGGGUUUCACGGUCGCAGCCAUCUUGCUGGGUCUAGCUGUCACCGCUAUGAAGUCUCGACCCUAAGCCCAGGGUCUGGCCUUGAAAGCUCCGCAGAAAUGAUUGCAAAACCCAGGGAGCAACCACUGGCCCUACCGUGGGACUUACUCCCUCCUCUCCUUUGAGAGGCCCAUGUGUCGCUGGGGGAGGAAGUGACCCUUUGGGUAACUGUAACUGAAAGUUUUUUCAAAAAUCCUAGAUGCUGUUGUUUGAAUGUUACAUACUUCUAUUUGUGCCACAUCUCCCCUCCACUCCCCUGCUUAAUAAACUCUAAAAAUCCACUUGUAUUUAA